AUGGCUGGACACAUGACACCCUCUGAUCCCACCUCACAUCUCCCUCUUCUCCUUACAGGGAUCCAUAUCCUCCAGUACAUGUACGGCUGUGAGCUGAGAGAUGACGGCACCACUGCGGCGUUUAGGCAGCACGGAUAUGAUGGGAGAGAAUUCAUGUAUCAGGACACAAAGAACUGGAUCUAUAUCCCAACCAUGAAUGAGGCUCAGAUCACCACACAGAGAUGGAACAGUCCGGAGGUCAGAUCGGGGGAGAGAAACAAGAAUUAUCUGGAGAAUAUCUGUAUUCCGGGACUGAAGAAAUACGUUGAUUUCGGGAGAGAAGAUCUGGAGAGGAGAGUGCGUCCAGAGAUGAAGGUGUGGGGCCGCCGUCAGUCGGAUGAUGUGACCAGACUUCAUUGCCUGGUGUACGGGUUUCACCCCCGAGAUGUGGAUGUGAAGUGGAUGAGGAAUGGGGUGGAUCAUGUUCCUUCAGAUGAAAUGACUCCAAUUCUCCCCCAUCCUGAUGGCACCUAUCAGAUCAGAGUCAGUGUGGAAGUGCCAACCAAGGAGGGAGACACUUACUCCUGUCUUGUGGACCACGGCAGCCUGGAGGAUGUUCUUACUAAGAAAUACGAACCUGACAAUGGCCUCCCACUUGCUGUGAUUAUUGGCAUUGCCUGUGGUGUUGUUGUGAUCGCAGUCGCUCUCGGUGUUGGAAUCUAUUUGUACAAAAGAAGGGACGAGGCUACAAGACCACCAAUACUUCAGAUACCAAUUCUGACUCCUCCAACAACCCGAAAGCCU